UGACUCUGUACAACUGUUCUGUGGGGCGUUCUGACUGUAGCCAGUGUCAUACGGCGGACCAGAAGUAUGGCUGUGUGUGGUGUGGAGGGGACCAGUCCACCUGUCUGUACGGAGACUCCUGCAGCGAGCCCCUCGAACAGACUUGCCCCGCCCCCGUCAUCCAUGCCAUUGAGCCCCUGUCUGGACUGGUGGAGGGGGGAACCCUGCUGACCAUCUCAGGGUCCAACCUGGGCCAGAAGGCUGAGGACAUCCUGCACUCUGUCACUGUGGCUGGGGUUUCCUGCUCUGUCAUCCCCCACCUCUACGAGGUCUCCUCCAGGAUUGUGUGUAAGACCAAAGCCAGUGGGGAGAAGACAGGCCAAGUGUCAGUAGAAGUGAGCGGG